GAGCCGGGUUCUGCUCCCUGUUAAAAGGGUGGUUUCGUGCCACUGUCUCCUUAGGGCUGCUCUGGGGGUUCAGGCAUAUGGGUUCUGUAAAGCGUCUCGAGACAAUUUGACUGUAAUUGGCGCUAUAUAAACAAAAUUGAAUUGAAUUGAAUAUGUGUGUGUGUGUGUGUGUGUGUGUGUGUGUGUGUGUGUGUGUGUGUGUGUGUGUUAUUAUAUUAUUUGCUGCUUCGUAACAACAGAAACACAUUUUCUCCACCGGAAACUUAUUUGUGACGAGUCUUGCAGGUGGAACCUUUGCGCGACAGACCUCAGCACAGCCCGGAUCUUUAACGGCGAAGGACCGAGGUCAGAGCCAGAAGUCAAGUCCAAGGGUUUCCGUUUCUGACUUAUCAGAAUAAAAGCGCACAUUAAAAACGUCUAAAAACAAGAAGUCUGACGGAUAAACGGCCUGUGAGAAUCUCUGGAGAUUUAAAUUUAUUCUUUAUUAAAAUGUGAAGUUUUCCGCUGAAUCUCAUGAAGAAUCUAAAAUAAACCUUAAACCGUUAAAACAAUUUUUUCACGACGUUCCCUCCUUUAUUUUGAAGGGUCAGACUGGAAACAGCGCGGUGCGUCUCCGGUGUCUCCGGUUCAGGUCGUUCCAUCACCGCCGGUCCUCAUGUUCGGUCAGACGUUUGUUUACCGGCUGUUUGUUUAUGUAUUUCCGUCGGUAAACAUCGGUCCGUGCGGUGAGUUUCACUACACCAGAGUUGUAAUUUGCAGCUUCACAGGAAGUCAGGAGGAGACUCUGCAGGUCACUGACAGUGGCUUUACUGUUUCCUGUUCCUGCAGGUAUUUUGACGUUCCAGACGUUCCCGACAUGUGGAGGAGAGGAAGUGACACGAGACAACAAUGAUGUCACAGGUCAGAUGGACAUUUUCUCUUUUGAGAGGUGGAAACCAGAGAUCCUGGUUCUGGUCCCGGUCCUGGUCCUGGUCCUGGUUCCGGUCCAGCAGCCUCUUCACAGACAGCAGCAGUCCAGGUCUGGUUCUCCAGUCCCGGUCCACCGACGUCCACCAGAACCUGGCCCUGGAGGACUGGAUCGACGCCAAUGUGGACCUCCAGCGCUGCGGCGUCCUGUUGCUGUGGAGGAACCGGCCGGCUGUGGUCAUUGGGCGGCACCAGAACCCCUGGGCCGAGUGCGACCUGAGGGCUAUGAGGAAGGCCGGUGUUGCUCUGGCGCGGCGUCGCAGCGGCGGCGGGACGGUUUUCCACGACCUUGGGAACCUGAACCUCACAUUCUUCGCCUCCAAGAAGGCCUACGACCGCAGGAGGAACCUGAAGGUGGUGACCGAGGCCCUGAGGAACCUCAGACCAGAGCUGGACGUCCAGGCCACUGAAAGACUCGACAUCGUUCUGGACGGACGCUACAAGAUCUCAGGCACGGCCUCCAGGCUCAGCAGACAGUCCUCCUACCAUCACUGCACUCUGCUCCACUCAGCCGAUCGCUCCGCCCUCUCUGCUGUGCUCCGCCCCUCCUGUCCUGGUAUCCAUAGCAACGCCACGCCCAGCGUCCCCUCCCCUGUCGCUAACCUGACAGACCACGCCCCCUCUAUGCAGUGGGAGGAGCUAGUGGAAGGAGUGGCGCAGCAGUACAGCAAAGAGUUCUGCUCCGGUUCGCCGACGGUUCUCGUGAAUCCGUCUGAUGAGUCGGUGUUCCCGGGCAUCGGCCGUCUGGAGGCAGAGCUUCGAGGGUGGAACUGGACGUUUGGAAAGACGCCGAAGUUCUCGGUGGAGAUGUCUCUGCAUCUGGAGGAAGUUCUAGGUUCUGUUCGGCUGCAGGUGAAGGAUGGACGGAUCUCCAGCUGCAGGAUCCAGGUUCCACCGGGCUGGGUUCCUCAGCAGCUGGUCGGAGAACUGGAGAACAUUCUGGUCGGAGAGAAGUUCUGUCCCAACGCAGCCGCCACCGCCGCCACCGCUCUGCUGAGUUCCGAGAACCGACCAAUCAGAGAGCUGUGUGCCGCUCUGCUGCAGGUGAUGGGCUGAGCGCCAAUCAGAGAGCAGCUCUGAGAACCAAUCAGGGAGAUCGCUGAGAGCCAAUCAGGGAGCAGCUCCGCCCCCUGCAGGAGGAACAGGAGAACUGUUUUCUGUAAACUGAACAUCUGAAUUUUUUGUUGUUUUAUUGAGAUUUUCUGAAUUAAAGCCUUUAAAUAUU